AUGGGGAACGAAGCCGGGUGCGCCCUCCUGAAAGGGAAGCCCUCGUUGAAGAAGCGCUUUACGCUUGGUAAUAGCAAGGGCAGUGCAGAUGACGCGCUGAUCGCCGCUGUUUUCAACGACGACUUUGCCACGUUGGUUGCCUUGCUCAAGGCCGGCGCGAACCCCAACCACCGCGACGCUCAGCUGGGCGGGACGCCGCUGUUCCUCGCCGCCGCCAUGAAUAGGGAUCCAACCAUGAUCGACGCGCUUCUUCGCGCGUCCGCCGACGUCAACUUCCAGCACAAGACCGGGAACACGGCGCUGCACGUAGCGGCGCAGGAAGGCGCGUUGGGCAAUCUGUCGUUGCUGCUGGCCGCCAACGCGAGUCUCAACGUCACCGACGAGUCGGGACGCACGCCGCUGCACGACGCCGCCGAGCUCGGGCACCUCGAAGCGUGCCAGCGGCUUGUCGAAGCCGGCGCGCUCCUCAACGUCACCAACAAUAAUGGCGAGACGCCGCUCUUUGUUGCGACGCGCAAAGGCGAGAUGCGCGUCGUCCAGUACCUGCUCAACGACCUCCGCGUGCGCGUCGACGCUGUUGCCAACGACGGCAACACGCCCUUGUGUGUGGCGAUAUCGACCAUGAAGGCGAGUGUCGUGGACCUGUACAUCCGCCGCGGCGCCAACAUCAACCACCAAGGCAAGGAAGGCAUGACACCGCUGUGUGUCGCAGCGUCGGUCCAGGACGCAGAUAGCGUCCGACUCUUGCUCCAGUAUGGUCCCGACGUCGACUGCUGCUGCAGCCCCGGGUGCACGGCGCUGGAGAUGGCCAAGAAGGGCGGGCACCAUGACGUGGUCAAGGCGCCGUCGUUCGAGGCAACGUUGUCCGAGCGACUCAAGCGCCUCUGCCAGCCCAAGGAAGAAGACAUGUCCGAGCUCUGUCAGCGCCUCUGCAGCAGCGUGCCCUCUCCGGUGGACUUUGGAACCGAGAGCGAGCGUAACCCGAGUGGACCUGACCUUAUGGCCGAGCAGCUGCAGCGUCUUCGCGCCGCGUUCAAUGACAAAGCCCAGUCACGCCUCCAGUCCGACUUGGUGCGGGCCGUCGACAAGGACUUGACUGCGACGGCAGAACACGCGCUCCAGGCAGGCGCCGACCCCAACGUUGUCGAUAGCACCCACGGCGUCCUCCUCUGCCGCGCGGCGCUUCAAGGCUCGGUCCCGAUGGUCGACGUCCUCCUCACCGCUGGCGCCAAAGUCAACGCCACAGCCAGCGACGGACACUCGGCGCUGAUGCAAGCAGUCUUGGGCCAGCACGAGCGCGUCAUCGAGCGACUGAUCAAGGCGCACGCCGAUGUGAACCAGCCCACUGCGGGUGGGUGCUGCCCUCUGUACGCCGCCGCGAGCUACGGCUACGACGCCAUCGUGCGCAAACUGGUGGCAGCCGGCGCCGACGUCAACCAGUGCAACCAAGCGUACUGGCCGCCGCUGCUUGUGAGUGUGCAUGGCGGCCACGCCGGCAUCGUCGAGACAUUACUCAACGCUGGCGCCAACCGCUUGGCCGUCACCCACACCAACGAGACGGCGAUGGAUAUCGCUAAACGAUGCCAGCGGAAGGACCUUCUGGCCUUGCUCGAGGCGCCGCCGGAGCUGUUCGACGCGGUCCAGAGCAGUGACGUUUACCGCGUCAUAGCCUGUCUGCGCCGCGGCGACGACCCCAACAUGCGCAGAGCGGAUGGGACGCCGCUGCUUCACGUGGCCGUGCGCCGCGGGGAUCGUGACGUCCUCAGCGCGCUUCUCCUCAGCAAGGGCCUCUUGAUCGACCAGACAAAUGCGGCCGGCGAGACGGCCCUUGUGUACGCCACCGCCACGGCCAGGCGCGCCAUGGCCGAUGCGAUCCAAGCCGAGUGUCUCCGACGUGGCCAACCGCUUGCCCCACAAGCGCUGCCACGUGACGUGGCGUCGGACCCUAGCCCUAGCCCUAGCCCUAGCCCUGCCCCGCCCGUCAUCAAAGAAGUCGUGUCGACGCUCGUGGUUGCGUCGAGUGCAGAAGAUGAUGCGCCAGCAACCAGCACACCAGAUGCACUCGAUCCGACAAUCGCGCUCUUCAACGCAUUGCGCGCUGGCCAGCGAGACAUCGCGUUGGCGUUGUACGCUGCGACGUACACGGCCCCGAUCGAAGUUAAUGACGACGACUAUACGGUUUUGCCGACCAUCUUGGGCACCGGGGGCUUUGCCGUCGUGUACGCGGGGACCUUUCGUGGCCAAGACGUGGCCGUCAAGCGACUCGUGCGGCGCUACCACCAUAACCACAGCCGCACGUGGCAGGACGAGGUCAACGCCAACGUCCGCUGUCCGUCGCCGUACAUUGUGCAACUGCUCGCGCUUUCGUCGUCGUCGGCCACGCACCAAGACUUGGUCUUCGAACGCAUGGACGCAGGCGACCUCUUUACGCUCUUGCGGCAGAAGCAGCGCCUCGGUACGCAGCUGCCGUACAAUGACGUGGCGAUCGCAUACGCCGUGGCGAGUGCGCUCUGCGAUCUGCACAGCCGCCGCCUCGUGCACCUCGACCUCAAGAGCGCCAACGUGCUGCUCUGCUCGAGAGGAUUUGUCAAGGUCGCAGACCUCGGCCUCGCGUGCGAGAACGACAGCCACACAAAGACGGCGGAGAAGGGCACGAUCGGCUACAUUGCGCCCGAAGUGUGGGUCGGUGGCAAGUACGGCGCGGCCGCCGACGUCUACUCGCUCGGCGUCCUCCUCAUCGAGCUCUGCACGCUCGACCGGCCAUUUCCAGAGCUGACCAAGGCUUUUGACGUCUACCGCGCGGUCGUCAACGAGCGCCGGUGCCCCGAGCUCCCGAAACACGUCAAGCCGUGGCUGCGACGCCUCACCGAAGCCUGCCUCUCGUACGACCCGCGCGACCGACCGUCCGCAAAUGAGGUUGCGACCUGCCUCUACGAGCAUCUCGAGGAUGAUGCCUCUGACGAGCCCACCGUCGACGUCGCUCCCGAGUCCGCGCCAACAGAAGAGUCCGCGACAACAAAAGAGCCCAUACCAACAGACGAGCCUGCGCCAACAGACGAGCCCGCGCCAGAGCCGACGGCCAAGGUGUCAGUGGAAACAACGCCCAAUGACCGACCUCUCGAGAACGACGUGGUGAGCGUGCGCUGUGUCGUGUGUGAUGCGACCCACAGCUUCUUGCAGACGCACUGCGACUUGUGCGGCGAGGCGCUGCCGGAUGCCAGUGUGAAGCUCCGCGUCGUCGUGCGUCGUCUGAGCCAGCAGUCGAGUCGCGUCGACACGAGCAUGCGUUGUGAGUGGUGCUAUGCAGUAAACGCGGCGCUGGCCGACCACUGCGUCGACUGCGACGAGCCGCUCUGCUCAAGCGAGCGCAAACUGCAGAUCUUGAGCAAGCGGCUCCAGCGCGCGACGCUGUCUGCUUAGCUCUCUUGUCCGUUCCACGUAGCAAGUACCUUUGUUUCAAGUUUUCAAAGAACAUUCGUGUGGUGUCAAGUCC